UUCCAUCUUUUCCCUCUCGCAUCACACCAGUAGUAGCACACAAGCUAAGCUUGCAGCAGCAUGCAUCCUCCUUAGCUACCUCUCUUUCCACCCUUCCCCUUCGGCUCCAUCCCCAUCUCCUCUUCCCUUUGCUUUCCUCGCCACUGUUCCAUCUCGUAGGUUUCGCGUCUCGUCUCUCUUCACCACUUGAGAGAUUUGUUACUAGAUAAGAUAGAUGCCCAAUAAAAAAGAUCUUGAGGAAAAAGAAAGCAAGUGUGUGUCUGUGUGUGCGUGAGAGAGAGAGAGAGGGGAAGAAGAAGAGCAAGAGGUGUAACGAUAACCUAGCUCGCUAGCUUUGCGAGGAUGGAUCCGGUCACGGCAUCAAUACACGGUCACCAUCUUCCUCCACCGUUCAACACCCGCGACUUCCAUCACCAUCUCCAGCAACAGCAGCAGCAGCAGCAGCAGCACCAGCUGCACCUCAAGACCGAGGACGACCAGGGCGGCGGCACCCCGGGUGGGGUCUUCGGCGGCCGCGGCACCAAGCGCGACCACGACGACGACGACAGCAGUGGCAACGGCCAUGGAAGCGGCGGUGAUGGCGGUGACCUCGCGCUGGUUCCCCCCUCAGGCGGCGGACCGGACGGCGGCGGGGGCGACUCCGCCACGCGCCGCCCGAGGGGACGGCCGGCGGGGUCCAAGAACAAGCCGAAACCACCGAUCAUCAUCACCAGGGACAGCGCCAACACGCUCCGGACGCACGUCAUGGAGGUUGCCGGCGGGUGCGACAUCUCCGAGAGCAUCACGACGUUCGCGCGCCGCCGGCAGCGAGGGGUUUGCGUGCUGAGCGGCGCAGGCACCGUUACCAACGUCACCCUGCGGCAGCCCGCUUCGCAGGGAGCGGUCGUCGCGCUCCACGGCCGGUUCGAGAUACUCUCCCUCUCCGGCUCCUUCCUCCCGCCUCCCGCCCCGCCGGAGGCGACGGGGCUCACCGUCUACCUGGCUGGAGGCCAGGGGCAGGUCGUGGGCGGCAGCGUCGUCGGUGCGCUGACCGCGGCAGGGCCGGUGGUGAUAAUGGCGGCCUCUUUCGCGAACGCGGUGUACGAGCGGCUGCCGUUGGAGGACGAUGAGCUGCUCGCGGCACAAGGGCAAGCCGACAGCGCCGGGUUGCUGGCCGCGGGGCAGCAAGCGGCGCAACUCGCCGGCGCCGGGGCCGUAGAUCCAAGCCUCUUCCAAGGGCUACCACCCAACCUACUGGGAAACGUGCAGCUGCCGCCGGAAGCCGCGUACGGAUGGAACCCGGGCGCCGCCGGUGGCCGCCCGGCGCCGUUCUGAGGAGAUCGAGGCCGCAACGCAGCAUAGAAAGGUUAAGUGCUUUAGCUUUCUUCACUUGGGAGUUGGAGACUCUUAAUUUCUUGGGAGGAUUUCCGUGGGAAUUAUGCAUGUGAUUUCAGGUAUCAUUAAUCGUUAUGUCCGCGUCGGGAUUAAUUGUUUCGUGCUAUGUAGCUCUCUCUAGAUCUGUCUCUCUGUCGUUUGUUUUGGUUAUUUCUUAUGUCUUCCCUCUUAACUAAUCUCGCUGUUGACUCGAGAAGCUUGUACCUCAUAAUGAUCUUUUCUUUCAGCUCUGUAGCUUAAUUAAUUAUAUUCGUUUCGA